GUUCUUUAUAACCUUCCUCAAAAUACUCGUUCGUAUCAAAAUCAGUCUGGUAAACCGAAGUCUCUCUCUCUCACCGGUGGAAGUGUGUGAAAUUUCGCCGGAAAAUGAAGCGGAGAGUAGGAAUCGGAGGUCUGCAGUCAUCUGCAGCAACUAGGAAUCAAUACCGAUUGAUCGGAGAAAGUUUAUCCGUUGUUAAAAAUGAUGUUAUGAUGGCGCAAUUAUCAACUUUUCGGUCUCAGCUUGAGGAUUUCGCCCGCAAACAUAAGAAUGAUAUUCGGAAAAACCCUACGUUCAGAGCUCAAUUUCAUGAGAUGUGCUCUAAAGUAGGGGUGGAUCCUCUUGCCUCAAACAAGGGUUUCUGGGCGGAGCUUCUGGGGAUUGGUGACUUUUAUUAUGAACUUGGGGUGCAAAUUGUUGAAAUAUGCUUGGCCACAAGAUCACUCAAUGGAGGCUUGAUAAACUUGCAGGAGUUAUUAGAUCUGCUACGUUUGAAACGAAAAAAUGCUCGUGAACCUGUAUCCGAGGAUGACUGUUUACGUGCUAUAUCUAAGCUGAAGGUUUUAGGUAGUGGGUUUGAGGUGAUAUCUGUUGGUAAGAAAAAGCUCAUACGGUCUGUUCCAACUGAGUUGAACAAGGAUCACAAUGCAAUUUUGGAGCUGGCUCAGGGUCAAGGGUUUGUGACGGUGGAAGAGGUAGAAAGUCGAUUGUCUUGGUCAGCAGGGCGUGCAAUUGAUGCUCUUGAUACUUUGUUAGAGGAAGGUCUUGCAAUGAUCGAUGACGGCCACAAAGAUGGAAAACGACGAUACUGGUUUCUUUGUGUGUCAUCCAUCUCUGCUGUUGUGGGUGCUGAUGCUAUUGCAAUUUGAUCCACCCUUAUACUCUCCUAAGGGGAGUACAACAUACAUACUCGUAACUGAUUGGAUCCUAACUUUAUAACAUCGUCAUCUCCUUUUUAAACUGAAUGUAAAAUUUGUAGUCAAUCCCUAUUCCAUUUUUUUUUCUUUUUUUAAUGAAAAUCUUACUAGACAACGCAGAAGGUUUAUUCGUUUUUUAUAUACGCCUCCGUUCCAGAGUGGGUCUUUUGCGA